UGCUCCUAAGGGCGCCUCCGAGGAGCGGGAUGAGCGCCCAGCCCGGCGGCCCCCGGCGCACGCCUCGCACGGAGCCGCGCUGCGCGGCUGCCGCAGCCGUGCCACGCCUGCCCCGCGGAACGGGAGAGCGAGCCCGAGAGAGCCCGGCGGCGGCGAGCCCUGCGCCGCUGGAAAGCAGGAGGCGGCUAGGGGAGGGAAGACGUGUUACUUAAAAUGAGAGCAUGUUCCAGCGCCGGGUUGACGAGCCUAGCUCUCCUCUAAGGCAUCUGUGAGCACAGAAGCACCAGCACCGAGCCCCACGGCGGCACCGCCGCCUCUCCAAGCCCUUCCCACUCCCUCCCAUCAGCGCACACACACGCACACACACAAACGCACACACACGCUCUCCACUCACACGCUCUCACGCCGGUGUCUCCGGCAUUUCUCCCUGCGGCUCCCGUCCCAUGGCUUCCCCCGCGCCCUCCCCAGCCCGCCGCCGCGGUGCGGGCGCCGCUGUGUUUCAUCCAGUCGCAAACCGGCCCUGAGCCGUAGCAGCCCCCGGUGUUCGCCUGGCCAGCGGCGACCAGGCGGCAGCCCACCCCGUCGGGCCGUGCCGGGCGGGGAGCGCGGGCUGCCGGCCUCGCUCCCUCCGGCCGCAGCCACGGCGAGCGAACCCACCCGCGGCGGCACCGAGCCGAGCCCCGGGGGCCGGGCGCAUGCGUGGGUCCGGCGAGCCGCCGCUCCCGGCCGCCCAGCCCGCCGGGACCGGAGGGGAAGCGUGGGAGGACGCCCGGCCGGGCCCCGCUGCCGACACCCCCAUGGGAUCAGAGAGGACGGAGAUACGCAAACGGCAGAUGGCUACGACCCCGGAGAGCCCAGGUGCUGCACAGGCUCAGCUCAGCACAGGAAAUCGAGGGUCCAAUGCCUGCUGCUUUUGUUGGUGCUGCUGCUGCAGCUGCUCAUGUCUUACUGUUAGAAAUCAAGAAGAAGAGAGAGCAAGGAGAACAUCUCAUGAACUCCAAGCAGAGGGUAUUCCAAACUGUGAGGAAAGCCCUGCUCCCACUCUCGAAGAAGUAAAUGCCUGGGCUCAAUCAUUUGACAAGCUGAUGCUUACUCCAGCUGGCAGAAAUGCUUUUCGUGAAUUUCUGCGAACAGAAUUCAGCGAGGAAAACAUGCUUUUCUGGAUGGCCUGUGAGGAACUAAAACAAGAAUCCAACAAAAGCGUCAUAGAAGAAAAAGCAAGACUAAUUUAUGAAGAUUAUAUUUCUAUCCUUUCUCCAAAGGAGGUCAGUCUGGACUCCAGAGUAAGAGAAGUCAUUAACCGAAAUAUGCUGGAACCUUCACAACACACCUUUGAUGACGCACAGCUUCAGAUUUAUACCUUAAUGCACAGAGACUCUUACCCACGGUUUAUGAACUCUGCUAUUUAUAAGGACUUGCUUCAGUCCUUGUCUGAAAAAUCCACUGAAGCAUAGAAUUUUUUCUUAAAUGUAUUUAUUUUAAAACAGACGGGACUCUGGGCUACAGAAAUCCACAGGGAAUUUAGAAUUAAUCAGAUAUUUACCUGAAAAUAACUCAGGCAAGUUUUACUACAGACUGAAUAAUUUAAAUCCGCACAAAGCUCUGACACAAUCAGCUAAGUACAGUUCCUGAUUAAAUUCAGUAUUACUUUGCUAAAGGAAAUUACGAGAAUGAAGAAGAAACCUUGUUCAAAAAAAUGCAGUAUUUUUUCAAACACAGCAGAAAAUUCAGACACAAAGCUAUUACAACUUAAGUCUGAGGUACAAAUAUCAACUGAGCAUGAAACUAAAACUGAUUUAUAAGUGGAGUGUUAGAAUUUUCUUGAAAACCAAACCAGUUGCCCAUCCACACUGUGACCAAAGUAAAAAUAUUACUGUCAAUACUGUGCUACUCUAGGCACUGCCAUCACACCUGGUAUAGGUACACUCCACUUGUUUUGGUAUAUUUAAUGCAUACAUGGUGCACUAAUGGAAAUUGGCAUGGCAAUCUCAAGUUUAUGAGAGUUACUGGUUGAAAUAAUGCUUAUAAAAAAAUCUUUUGCUGAAGAAUUGUUAUUUUAGUAUUAGAAUCUGCUGAAAGCAUUAAGCUCCCUUUGUUAAUGUUCAUAAAGUUAAAUUAUUUAUUUCAGAGGAAGACAAGUCUGGGCAUUCAAAAUCCAAAAUAAAGCACAAGAAUUCUCACAUAUUUUUCUCUUCCCUCAGUAGGUGUUUGUAAAACCCUUCACUAUUUGCUCCCAAGAGGACAAGGUUCAACUAUCUUGGGUUUGUAAAUACGAAAUUCUCCCGUUCCCUGACAGAUCUUGUAAGGUUUCCAUUACAGAUAUACACACAAUUUACUUAAUAAAAGAAGGAAGAUGGAACUUGUGUUCUAAUACAGCACUAUUUCACACUGUCCAACAGCACCAGCUCUAUCCAGUUAUAAACCAUGUUCAUUUAUAGUAUACUCAAAGCAUUACACUCAAUUCCGGGUCAUAUCUCAAAAUCAGUAAUCACAGGAAAUACUAGGAAGAAAGUAAGUUGAAUCCACAUAAACUAUCUGUAGAUCUGUUACUCUAAUGUCUUCUUUCUUUUAAAUCACACAAUUCCACUACAUUAAACUCUGGAGUUUAUAGUGGAUUUCCACUGAAUUGUAUUUUUCCCUGUGUAUUAUUGAAAUGAGCCAAAUGACACAUAUAGGUUGGGAAGACAUAUGGGAAACAAAAAGACACCAAAAAAAUACCCCUAGAAGGGAGAAUCAGACAGACAUAGUUCAGUGAUGUAUACUGCAGCCUUUCCAAAACCUACUCUUUGCCUAAUUCCAGCACUAUGGAAAAUACAAAAUGGGAACUUUCUCUAAAAAAAAAAAUGAAAUGGGAAGAACAAAACAGAAUUUAAGACAUUAAUUUGUUUCCUUAAUGCACCUGGCAGGUGACAUGUUGUGCCCUUACUACAUUUUGAAGCACAUAAUGAUUUUAUUUUUCAGUGCAUAGCACCACAGGAGAAGAGCUGAUACAUGGUAAUUUAUCAAUGCUAUGGCCUGGUUCAAGCCAGGCUGGAUGGGCAACCUGGUCUAGUGGAAAGUGUUCCUGCCAGUGGGGAUGGUACUAGAUGAAGGUACCUUCCAACCCAAAUAAUUUAUGAUUCUAUAACCAGUUUUCAUCAUCUCCUUCCAACAAUAAAACAGUAUUCAACAUGUCAGCACAAAAAAGUAAACCAAAAAAAUCUAGAGAGAGCGAAGCAAAGUGCUUUUGCCUGGUGCAGCACAGUGCUGGGUGACUAGAUUAAGAGGAAACCCUUCCAUGUACCACUAAAGACACAGUUCAGUUAGUGUUUGCCACUGCUUAAUCUAUCAAUGCUGCUUACCUCAGCUGAAUUUCUAUUAAACACACCCAAAGCAAUACCAAUACAAUUUCAGUUUACGUGAAAUAUUGCAAUGUAAGUAGUAACUUCAACAAAACAAACCAGGUAUCUUCAUAAGGCAGCACUCAUGGGGAGCUUGCAGUCAAACAGAUGAUACUCUAUUUGUUUUAAUCAGAGUGGGCAGGAGUGCUCUAAACCUCUAAGUUGACAAAUAAAGUUUACCUAGGUCAAAUUCAGCUUGUUGGAAAGAUCAUAUGCAUAAAUCAAAAAAAAAAAACAAAAAAAAACC